GUCAGAAUUAAUUUGCUUUGCAGUAAAUAAUUUUUAGGUGAUGCAAAAAACAUAAACUUUUCGUCCUUUUUGCAGAAUUUUAGGUUUGUAAUUUCAGUCAGUUUCUCUAUUACAGGUCAAAAGGAAUCUUCAAGAGUUCUAAGAAGCUGACAACAUCUUACAACUCCUUCAUUCCUUGGAACAAUGACUACCAUUGAGAUAAAAGAUGAAUCCAGCAAAAGGAUUCAAUGUCAGGAAUGCGGAGAAAUCUUUAAGGAGUACAGAGAAUUGUUGGAUCACCGAGAAAUUGCUCAUACCUCCUACACUUGCAUGUGUUGCGCAAAGGAUGAGACAUCAUUGACGGAUUUUGAAUACCAUCUGCAGAUUCACGGAGGAUACAAACUGUUCAAAUGCAUCAUAUGCCAAGAAAUAUUCCUUCUUCUAUCAGAGCUUAAUAACCAUCUCUACAGCCACUUGCCACAGGAUGAUGAUCCCUCAGUAGACACAGAAACAAACGAAGAAAAUUCAAAAAAUCAGGAUGAUGAAGAUUUCCUUGAAGAUUUUCAUGAAAGCACCAUUGAGGAAGAGCCAGAAAACCAGAAUGAAGAAGCUGUGGAGAACAAAUCUGCAUCUUUGGCAGAUGGAAAGGAAAAGAAGAAACGCGGAAGACCAGCAAAGAUUAAAGUUCCAUAUUCGAUGUUGGAAAGGAAAUUCAAAUGUCCUCACUGCCCUUUGAGCGUUAAAACGAGCACAAAUCUAAAGCAUCACCUAAGAACGCAUACAGGCGAGAAACCAUUUGAGUGUGCUCUCUGUGGCAAAAGUUACGUUCAGAAGAUCGCUCUAAAAAUUCACAUGACCAUGAAGCAUGAUUCUAAUAAGAAGAAAACGGAAGUAUGCCAAUUCUGUGGGAAAACCUUCUAUUUUGUACGACGACUUAAGAACCACAUUCGGGAAAUUCACACCAACCGCGAGAGACAUCCAUGCUUCAUUUGUGGGAAGACCUACUCAGCCAAGAACAGUGUUGCCAUUCACAUGCAGAGUCACUUCAAGAAAGCAGAAGGUCAUCCGUGUCCAAAGUGCGACCGGAAGUACGAUACCCACGUAAGGAUGAUGCAACAUCACCGACAGGCACACGUUAAUGCUAAGCAGUACAAAUGCAAAUGGGAAGAUUGCGAAUACAGUACAUUCUGUCCGACAAUGUUGCGCAAGCACGAAAGGACUCACACGGGAGAGAAGCCGUAUCAAUGCAAAAUUUGCAAUAAAGCAUUCUCAUCGACAACAAGUGUAAAUGUUCACAUUUCCCACAAGCACGGCGUACCGACGCAUCAGUGCAAAUUAUGUGAGAAAUCCUUCAAAGUGCAAGAUAGUCUCAAGAAGCACAUGCAACGUAUUCACGAAGAGAGGAAAUUCCCUUGUCAUGCGUGCAAAAAAAAAUUUGCAUCAAAUUCCGAUGCAAUGAGACAUAUGCGAGAUAGUCAUUCACUGGGAAAGAAGAAUAAAAUUAAGGAUUAAAUUAGAACAUGAGAUUCUUUCUAGAUAAGUGAAUUAAUUGAUACAGGAUACUAAAAUAUAAGAAUAGAAUAAUUAAGAAGUAAAUGUGUUUUAUGUAAUUUAUUAGCAAAUUAAAUUAAAAUUAAGAU